GGAACAAACAGGUGGUUAGUUAGGUUUAAUCAUAGAUUUCCAAACAGGAGAAAGAUAAGGAACGCUGGAUAGGUCAGUGACCAACAGUUUGGAAUUUUUUUAAAUAUUAUAAGACUCGUAAAAAUCUAAAUCAAAAAUUGAAAAACUAUUUUGAAUGACUUUAGAAGAAGAAAAAUUAAACCGAAACAUUAGUGAACGAAUGUUCCAGUAGAGGGCGCUUUGGAAUGCCUAAAACGUAGAAUUUCGGAAUAUCAUUUUUCCCAAUUUGAGGUCGAUGAAUAUCUUAACCUCACCCGUGUUUGUUUACAACAAAAUGCUUUCGUGUUUGACAACAAAUUUUACCAUAUGACCAAUGGUCUUGCCAUGGGAAAUCCUUUGAGCCCUAUACUUAGUGACAUCUAUAUUCAUUAUUUUGAAAGUAAACUAUUCAAAAUCUUAACUUUCCCCUUUUAUAAAAGAUAUGUUGAUGACAGUUUUGCUUUGUCAGACGAAAAUAAUUGUAAUUUUGACCUAAUUCUUAAUGUUAUGAACAGCAUUGAUUCUUGCAUUCAGUUCACCUUUGAAUUAGAGACUAAUCAAAAACUUCCUUUCUUUGAUGUUCUUGUGACUCGGAAUGAUAAUUCAUUCCAUACUACUGUCUUUCGUAAACCUUUUGCUGUUUCUCUUACCCCUCAUUACAAAUCCUCCCAACCAAAAACUUGCCUCUUUCGGUCUUUUGUCUACCGUGCUGUUGAUAUUUGUUGUAACAUUGAUUUUCUUGAUGCAGAAUUAAAUUACAGAGGUUAUUCUUCUAACAUUAUUGAUAAUAUUUAUAAAAACUUAACUAAACAAUCGCCUACCGAUAAACCUUCCAAAGAAUUUUCUAACAACUUAGUCAUUUUACCCUAUUUUCCUAAAAUAAGUCUGCAAGUUGCUAAUAUCCUAAAGAAGUUUGAUUUUAAUAUUAUUUUCAGUCUCAUUAAUAAGAUAAAAUUUUCUAAUCUCAAACAGCCCAUUGACAGUCAAAAUAGCUGGGGUAUAUACCAAAUUAAUUGCCAAUGCGGCCUUUCAUAUAUUGGCCAAACUAAGCGUGCCUUAAAGUGCCAUGUCAAGGAACAUGAAGCUUAUGUCAAAAAAAAAAAAAUUUAAACGCUCAUCUAUUGCCCAACAUUGUUGGGACUAGUAAACUUUCUUCCCCCCUCGUCGUGACUGGAUUGAUAGAUAUCAAUGUGUAUUGAAAGUAACACAUCUAAAUUAUCACAAAGAGCUUCGGCUGCUUGAUUUUUUUUAUUUAGGUAAAAGCAGCACAUCACACAUCUAAACUAAACAUAUAUAAGAAAUAUCCAUCUAAAACAUAUCAGUGGCGACAAAAAUAGUCCUGCUCGGAAGAGCGUCCAACCUCUACUAUCCUCUCUAGCUUUGGCCUCUCUCCCUUUCUCUCUCUCUCCUUUCUCUUCUCAGCUACUUUCGUUUUCAAUCUUUGCAGGACUGUAAUCCAGAGAUGCCAACUAUUACGGAUUUACCGUAAUUAUUACGGAUUUUAUGACAACAUUACGCUAUUACGGGCUACUCCCCCAAAAUUACGGAAAAAUAAUUUUCAACUCAUCCAAAAGUUUCAUUUUUAUUCUAUAAUUUUUCCCUUUAAGAAUCAUUCUCAUUGAAUCGUAUUGGUCGAUGAGGACGGUGAUCCGAAAUGGAUCCCGGUGAUCCCAU